AUGGAGGCACUCUUGUCCCUCGCCUUUGACAACCUCUCGUCCUACGACGGCCCCAAAGUCCGCAAGGGCCUCCGCCAGGUCGAAGGUCUCUUGGCGCAGAUUUGCCUGUCCGACGGCAGGGCACCCCCGGCCCAGCGACGACGGAGCAGCGUCGACGACGAGCGAGACCGGCCCAUGAGCCCGCCGAGAAAGGACCUCGGCGAGCUCUCGCAGGACCCCGCGUUCCGCGAGUUCUUCAAGCUGCAGGAGGGAUUCGAGUGGAACGUGGCGAUGCGCCUCAUCGGCACGCUGGACCGGCUCAUGGCCAAGGGCAGCGACGGCCAAAACGACCUGCUGAUCCUGAGCGCACUCGACCUCAUCCAGGGCGCGCUGCUGCUGCACCCGCCCAGCAAGACGCUCUUCUCGCGGGAGCAGAACAUGAACCUCCUGCUAGACCUCCUCGAGCCCUUCAACUGCCCGGCGAUCCAGUCGGCCACGCUGCUGACGCUCGUGGUCGCCCUCAUCGGCACCCCCGGCAACACGCGCACCUUUGAGGGCCUCGACGGCCUCCUCACCGUCACGUCGCUCUUCAAGUCGCGCAGCACGUCGCGAGAGGUCAAGCUCAAGCUCGUCGAGUUCCUGUACUGCUACCUCAUGCCCGAGACGCCGUCGAUACCGCGCGCCGACCAGCGCGACUCCGUGCCUGCCAUGCUCCAGCGCAGCCCUAGCAAGCUGGCUGGCGCGUUCAACGCCGAGUCGCGUCGCAGGCGCGCCAGCAGCGCCGCCCUGGUGACGCUGACCACCGAGGAAAAGCAGGAACUCCUCAGUCGACACCUCAGCAGCGUCGAGGAUCUCGUCAAGGACCUCAAGAACUGCGCUCCCUUUGGAGGCGUGGUGUGUUGA